GGUCUGUUUCCGGAAGUGGACGAAUAUGGUUUAAAAUGGAGAAAUGAUGUUGUUGAAUUGCUGAAUAAAAAAAUAAAUAAAUAAAGGAACACUGAUUUAGUAAAACAACCACAAACAGCAUGUCGAUUUCGUGGAAGGAGCAACAAAGUAAACAUUUCUAAAGAAAGCAUUAUUUGGUGUGUUCCUAAACGAGAUGUCGUGGUUGAGUAGCCAUGCAGGUGGUGCUUCCGAGCCCCUGCAGGGUCCGGCUCAGCAGGCACCCCCCCUGACACUGCCCCCUGCUGGAGGGGAGGCCCUGUCCUACAUCACGUGUCAGGAGCUGCGGUGUGUGCUGAGCUGGUUUGAGAGCUGGGGCCCCGUGCAGAGAGAGCGCUUCCUGGAGGACCUGGUCUCAAAAGCUGUGCCUGGGAAACUGUGCUCCCUGCUGGGAGGGCUGUCGCUACUGCAGGUGCGUGACCGAGCUCCCAGUAUCUUUGAGUGCCAGCUGCGACUCUGGACCCAGUGGUUUGAGACCUGGAGUGAGAAGGAGAGGAACGAGUUUCUGCACCAGCUGGAGGGGGUGGAGCCGGCCUUCGUGGCUCGAUUCUACCAGGAGGCUGCCACCAUGUUGCUUCUUCUAUCCCGUCCCACACUCUCCUUGUCAGUGGGCAAAAACGAUACUUUCUUCUCAGAGACCGAGCAAAACAGAACUCAAGAGUUGAAUAACCUAACGCUGUCUGACACUGGAGACCUGCGAGAGAGAUCACUGUCACCCUGGGAAUAUGAGACUCACUCGGACCCCCAGAUGUUUCCCAGCUCAAUCCUGGUAGCCCGAUGUAAAAACAGCUUCUGCACUGACCCUGGGAACCGAACAAAUACAAACUUCCUUCUGAACUCUGUCGCCAUCAAAUACACCAUCCCAGUGUACUACAGAGAGAUGUGUCCGAGUGAUCCAGGGCAGUAUUGCCUUAAGAUCAAGCCCUUGGUGGUGACUGUGGGCUGCACAUGUGCCAUUUACAAAUAAACUAAACGCUAAACAGCGAACAAUGUGAUUUUUGUAGUCUAGUGAUGCACACUCAAUGAAUUCUAGUAGUGUCUAGAUCUUAAAUUGCUUUUAUAGUGUAAACAUGGAGUCAUAUGGUAAUUCUUAUUUUAGCUAUAAUUUAAAUAUAUUGACUCGUGGACGCUUUGUUUUUGGCAGCUUGUAUCUUGUCAACAUCUCUAGUUCACUCACGUUUUUUUUUUUUUUUUUUAAAGCACAAACAAUUCGUGCGUGCACUUUGAGCUACAAUCAUCUCUGUGGGACAAUAAAAUAAAUAAAUAAAAAAAAACAGCUCUCUGAUCUGUCUGUGACCCCCAAAACACUCGGCCUCAUUACAAGACCGGGUAGUUCGGGUCAGGAAGCGACUGUGCUGCCAUCACCUUUGUCUAAAAAGGGAGGUAUGAAUGUGGCAGAGAGUGGAAGCAGGUUCAGUAACUCGCCAGACAAGAGAAUAAAUUCAAUAAUAAUCUUUAUAAAACGGCAGUUUAAUACAGACAUAUCAAAUAGCACAAACAACACAAUAAUCACAAUAUACACGAAGAUUAUAAUAUAUCUAGUUUAAAAAAUACCUUCACAAAAUAUAGCACCAGGCACAUCAAUAUAAAUUAUAGAAGGGUGCAAGACCUUUCAGUUUCAGUUUGCCCGGUGAAGCGUUUGUUGGAAAAAUAAAAUCAGAUCCAGCAAAGUUUUUGGAAACCCUAUCAGGCUGUUGAAGCAGGGAGAGGCAUCCUUGUUGUAUAGCUGCUACUCUUCUGUACGACAAGAAUGCGCACCUUAUUAAGCUUUGGACUUUUCCAAGCAACCGCGGGAGGAUUUCGGACU